AUGAAUAUCGACCAGUACUUGGAAAGCGGCCGCGCUGUGCUCUUCAACUUUGACGACAAGUUCGAUGUUGCGAGCUUUGACCGCAUUGUCGACCAAGCAACUCAAUCAGUUACUCCUUAUUUCCAGGCAGCACAACAGCUGGUCACCGAGUUUGUCGAAAACCCCGACUCUUGGACGCGUGUCGAUGCCAUUCUCUCCUUCUCUGUCAACCCCAUCAGCAAGUUCUACGGCCUGAAUGCUCUCCGUAGCAUGAUCAAGACCCGAUGGAAGGUCUUGCCGCGCGAGCAGUGCGAGAACAUUAAAAAGUUUAUGAUUGACUUUGUCACAAAAUGCUCGAUUGACGACGCUGCCCUGAUCGAGUCCCGCCUGUACCGAACCAAGCUGGACGAGACGCUCGUUGCGAUUGUGAAACACGAGUGGCCUGCGCACUGGCCAAACUUUAUCGAGGAAAUUGUUGGUGCCAGUCGUACCAACCUUGCCAUGUGCGAAAACAACAUGAUCAUUUUGAAACUUCUCAGCGAGGAGGUCUUUGACUACUCGUCGGGCCAAAUCACCCUGGCCAAGGCGAAACAACUCAAGCAGCAAAUGUGCGAACAGUUUACGACCAUUUUCGAGCUUUGCCAGCUGGUGUUGGUGGAGGCCAACAAGGCGUCGCUCAUCGAAGCGACGCUCGGCACGCUGCAGAGCUUUUUGAGCUGGAUUCCGAUCGGCUACAUUUUUGAGACCGAGCUCAUUUCCAUCCUGCUCAACACGUACUUCCCCAACCCGCUGUACCGAAAUCUGACGCUCAAAUGCCUGUCGGAGAUUGGCAGUCUUGACACUGGCAACCAGUACGAAAUGACCUUUGUCAACAUGUACUCUGGCGUGCUGACGGUGAUUUUGGAGACGCUCACUCCCGAGCUGGACAUUUCCGAGGCCUAUAUGAACUCGGACGAUGACGAGCGCAAGUUUGUGCAAGACGUGGCGCUCUUCCUCUCGUCCUUUUUCCGACAGCACUCGAAGGUGCUCGAGGCGCGCCCGGAAAUGCACGAGCUUUUGCUUGCGGGCAUGUUCCUGGUUGCGCGCAUCUCGGACGUUGAGGAAACUGAGCUGUUCAAGGUCUGCCUCGAGUUUUGGAACUGGCUCUCCCACUCGCUGUACGUCGAGAGCCCGUUUGGCUUCACUGGCGGCGCGCUCAUGCUGAACGGCGGUGGCUUUGGCCGACAAGGCUCGCCCCGUCGCGAGCUCUACACGCAGCUCUUGAGCCGUGUCCGCACGAUCAUGAUUACGCGCAUGGCCAAGCCCGAGGAAGUGCUGAUUGUUCAGAACGACGAGGGCGACUAUGUUCGUGAGCUCACCAAAGACACAGACUCGAUCAACAUUUACAAGUCGGCGCGCGAAACGCUCGUGUAUCUGACGCAUCUCGAUUGCAGCGACACGGAGGUGAUCAUGUCGCAGCGUCUCUCGGCCCAGGUCCACGACGCAGGGUUCUCGCCCGAGCUGCUCAACACGCUGUGCUGGGCAAUCGGCUCGAUUUCGGGUGCCAUGAGCGAGGAGGACGAGAAGCGCUUCCUCGUCACGGUCAUUCGCGAGCUGCUCGGCUUGUGCGAGUUUAAGCGUGGCAAGGAGAACAAGGCUGUGAUUGCAUCCAACAUUAUGUACAUUGUCGGCCAGUACCCCCGCUUCUUGCGCGCGCACUGGAAGUUCCUCAAGACGGUCGUGCAGAAGCUGUUUGAGUUUAUGCACGAGCUUCACGAAGGUGUCCAGGACAUGGCCUGCGACACCUUCAUCAAGAUUGCCCAAAAGUGCCGCAAGCACUUUGUCACGCUGCAAGCUGGCGAGGAGACGCCGUACAUUGACAAGCUGCUGGCCGAAAUGAACCUGCACAUUAACGACCUGCAGGAGGGCCAAGUCCAGACCUUUUUCGAGGCUGUCGGCUACAUGAUUGCGUCCCCGCUGGACCCUCAGACGCGCGAUCGUCUGAUUGAGCGCUUCAUGCUGAUGCCCAACAACCACUGGAUUGAGAUUGUCGCCCGUGUCUCGUCGGACAUUAGCGCACUGAGCGAGCCUCCGCUGAUUAGCCAGCUCUUGCACGUCCUGCGACUCAACAACCGUGCCUGCCUCGCCAUCGGCCACACUUUUGUGUCGCAACUCGGCAAGAUUUAUCUUGAUUUGCUCAACAUUUACAAGGCGGUGAGCGACAUCAUCAACUCGCACCUUCGCCAGUCGGGCGACGUUGUGCUCACCUACGCCAGCGUCAACUCGCUCGUCAAGGUGCGCCGCGAGUCCCUGCGUCUCAUCGAGACGUGGGUGGCGCGCACCGAAGACCCGCUUGCUGUGCGAGACAGCUUUGUGCCCCACCUGCUUGAGCUCGUCUUCCUGGAUUACCAGCAGUGUGAGCCGUCUGCCCGCGAGCCCGAAGUCUUGAGGCUGUUGACGACCAUUGUCAAGCAAGUUCAGGGUGAAAUGUGCCCAGUCAUUCUUGACAUCUUCCCGCUCGUGUUUGAAUGCACGCUGGACAUGAUCAACAAGGAGUUGACGCUGUACCCCGAACUUCGUGUCGCCUUCUUUAAUCUGCUGCAGCAAAUUUGCGAGCAUUGCUACCCUGCCCUGUUCCAGAUUCCGGAAGACCAGUUCCGAGUUGUCAUGGACUCGCUCACCUGGGCCAUGCAACACACGAUGCGCGAUGUGGCAGACACUGGUUUGUUGACGCUGAAGGACUUCCUCGAGCGUGUUGCCACGUUGAACGACCCCAACAUUGUCCAAGGUUUCUUCCGCUCGUACUACUUGUUGCUGCUGCAACAUUUGUUUGCCUGCCUGACCAACUCGUUGCAUGCUGCUUCAUUCAAGAUGCAUGCUACCGUGCUGUCGGUCAUGUUCCGUCUCGUGUUUUCGGGCGUCAUUCAAGCGCCCUUGUUCAACCCUGCCGAGUACCCCGAAAUGGACAACCCCACGUUUGUCAAGCAGUUUAUGCAGGUCAAGCUCCAGGAAGCCUUCCCGCAUUUGAAGCUCCAGGAAGCCUUCCCGCAUUUGGCACCACUCCAGAUUGAAGUCACCGUAUUAUCCUUGUCUGCGCUUUAUGGCGAUGCCUCUGCUUUCAAGAGCGCGUUGAGAGAUUUCCUGGUUCAAAUCAAGGCUUUCGCAAACGAGGAGGAUCUCUUCCUGGAAGAGACGGAGGCGAUGCAGCAGCUCGAGCAACUCAAGAAGAAGGAGGAGCAGACUGCUGUUCUCGGCAUCCUCAAGCCCGGCGAACGCGACGACAUGCUUGACAUGAAUCAAUUCGAAGAUCACACCCUCGAGGUGUAA